AUGUGCAACACUAAUAAACGUGAUGCAAACAAGGGAAAGGAGAAAGUGAAUGAAGAACCAAUAGUCAAUUUCAAGACUAUGGAGAUUCAAAACAAUGACAACAAGAGAAAGGCGAUCGUUCUAGUAGAAUCUGAUGUCGAUGGUGGUGAAAAAGAAUCGACAAAAUCAUCCAAAGAAAUGUCUCCAUUUCUUCUUUUUGGAUUCAUUAUUGAUCCUAAUAAUGGAAUUAAACAUGCAUAUUCGUGCAAUUUUUGUAGCCGAAAGUUCAUUAGUCCACAAGCAUUAGGUGGCCAUCAAAAUUGUCAUAGACAGGAGAAAAGACUCAAAAAAAUGAUUGAAGAUAUGAACAAUGAUUGGAUAAAUUACUUAAAUGGUAAUCAAGGACUGAUAAGUCAAAACACCAUCAUUCCAUACCAUGGGGGGUAUGGAUAUCAAUAUAAUGAAAUUAUCAAUGAGGUUGACCAAGGCAUUGUUAGUCAACAAAUUACUAUGACUGAGAUUUACUAUGGUUCAACUUCAAAUAUGGGUGCUGAUUGUGAUGAUGCUGAACAUGAAGACAAAGAGACCGAGAAGGAGGAAGAAUUCAAGAUUGAUUUGACCCUUAAACUUUGA